UCUUGGUUUUGUUUUUCAGAAAUGGAGGAACAAAAUGCUGGAUCUGGGACUGAAGACUUAUAAAGGAUUAUGGGAUUAUACAUUGAAGAGCCAGCAGGCGGAAUGCCUGAGUGACUGAAGAAAAUGGGUGCUAAUGCAUCUAACUACCCUCACUCAUGUUCCCCAAGGGUAGGGGGAAAUUCACAGGCACAACAGACAUUCAUAGGAACAUCAUCCUAUUCUCAUCAAGGUUAUGGCUGUGAAUCAAAGCUCUAUAGCCUUGACCAUGGCCAUGAGAAACCUCAAGACAAGAAAAAGAAAACCUCUGGCCUUGCCACCCUCAAAAAGAAAUUCAUUAAGCGUCGGAAAUCCAGCCGAUCUGCUGAUCAUGCCAAGCAGAUGAGAGAGCUCCUCUCAGGCUGGGAUGUCAGAGAUGUUAAUGCAUUAGUAGAAGAAUAUGAAGGGACAUCAGCCUUAAAGGAACUUUACCUACAAGCUAAUUUGGCAAGACCUGAAGCCAGGACGCUACAAAAAGACAUGGCUGAACUUUAUCAGUACAAAUAUUGCACCGAUGUAGACUUAAUAUUUCAAGAAACUUGUUUUCCUGUGCAUCGUGCAAUAUUAGCAGCAAGAUGUCCGUUUUUUAAGACACUGCUUUCUUCCUCACCAGAAUAUGGGGCAGAAAUAAUAAUGGACAUUAACACAGCUGGCAUAGAUAUGCCUAUGUUUUCAGCUUUGUUACACUACCUUUAUACAGGAGAGUUUGGCAUGGAGGAUUCAAGAUUCCAGAACGUUGAUAUUCUUGUGCAGCUUAGUGAAGAGUUUGGAACACCAAAUUCGUUAGAUGUUGACAUGCGUGCGCUGUUUGAUUACAUGUGCUAUUACGAUGUGGUUCUUAGCUUUUCCUCCAACUCUGACUUAGUUGAAACUUUUGGUGGAAGUCAGAACUGUCUAGAAGAAGAGCUCAGAGCUCACAAAGCUAUUAUUUCAUCACGAUCACCGUUUUUUCGUCACUUGCUGCAGAGGAGAAUACGGACUGGUGAAGAAAUCACAGACCGAACUCUACGAACUCCAACUAGAAUUAUAUUGGAUGAAUCUAUCAUACCAAAAAAAUAUGCUAAGGUCAUCUUGAACUGUAUGUAUACAGAUGUGGUGGACCUCUCAGUUUUGCACUCAAGCCCUUCAGUGGGCAGCUUAAGUGAAGUUCAGGCUCUUGUUGCAGGAAAACUUAACAUGACUAGGGCUGAAGAAGCUAUGGAGCUUUACCACAUAGCACUGUUCUUGGAGUUUAACAUGCUUGCACAAGGCUGUGAAGAUAUUAUUGCUGAGAGCAUCUCUCUAGACACCUUAAUUGCCAUUUUGAAGUGGAGUUCUCAGCCAUACGGUUCGAAGUGGGUUCAUCGUCAAGCACUGCAUUUCCUCUGUGAGGAAUUUACCCAGGUCAUGACUUCAGAUGUCUUCUAUGAACUAAGCAAGGACCACCUGCUUACAGCUAUUCAGUCUGACUAUUUACAGGCAAGUGAACAAGAUAUUCUAAAAUAUCUAAUUAAAUGGGGAGAACACCAGUUGAUGAAGAGAAUAGCAGACCGAGAGCCUAAUUUACUGAGUGGUACUGCUCACAGUGUGAACAAAAGAGGCGUGAAGAGGAGAGAUCUUGACAUUGAGGAACUGAGAGAGAUCCUGUCUCCACUUUUACCUUUUGUCCGCAUAGAGCACAUCUUACCCAUGAGUAGUGAAGUACUGAGUGAUGCAAUGAAGAGAGGCCUGAUUAGUACUCCUCCUUCAGACAUGCUACCAACAUCAGAAGGUGGAAAGUCAAAUGCCUGGCUGCGACAAAAAAAUGCUGGAAUAUAUGUGCGGCCGAGACUGUUCUCACCGUAUGUGGAGGAGGCUAAGAUCUUGAUGAAAUUCCACCGGAAACAAAGCAGCGUUCUGAGGGAAACCUCCCUGGUUUCCAGCCAGUUUGCCGGCCCAGCUCCUCGGCAGCCCACCUGGCAGGCGGAUGGCAAGUCAGUACUGGAUGAGAUGAUGGUGGAACAAACCGAUCUCGUUCGUUUGCGGAUGGUCCGAAUGUCCAAUGUGCCAGAUACCCUUUACAUGGUAAACAACGCGGUGCCGCAGUGCUGUCAUAUGAUUACCCACCAGCAAGUUAGUACUAACCAGUCCAGUCCUCCUUCAGUCAUAGCCAAUGAAAUCCCAGUUCCCAGUCUGCUUGUUGUGAAGGAGAUGAUCAAACGGCUGCAGGAGCUCCGUCACACUGAGCAGGUGCAGAGAGCGUACGCUCUCAAUUGUGGGGAGGGUGCCACAGUCAGUUAUGAGAUUCAGAUUCGUGUGCUGCGGGAAUUUGGACUUUCUGAUGCUGCUGCUGAACUUCUGCAGAAUCCUCACAAAUUCUUUCCUGAUGAGCGGUUUGGGGAUGAAAGCCCACUCCUGACUAUGAGACAGUCUGGACGAUGUCGCGUGAACAGUACUCCCACUGCAGAAACCCUGUUUACAGAACUGGACUCUUUUGUGGCCUUCCAUCCACCAUUGCCCCCUCCUCCACCUCCAUACCACCCACCAGCAACUCCUAUUCACAACCAGUUCAAAGUGGGCUGGAAACAAAGGGUGCCAAGUCAACAUCCCUCCCGGUCCUUUUCUUACCCAUGUAACCAUUCACUGUUCCACUCCCGAACAGCUCCCAAAGCUGCACCUCCUGUCUACUUGCCCAGUGUGAAAGCAGCCCCCCCCGAUUGCACUAACACUACGGGCCUGGGGAGACAAACUGUGGCUGCAGCAGCAGCAGUGAUGGCAGCCGAGAAGCAAGCAUGCACUCAGCCCUUGCUAAAUGAAUUGAUGCCAGAUAUUGCAAUGGGGGUGUCAGCCAUGUCUUUAAAAGACAGAAGACUGCCAGAGCUGACUGUCGAUACAGAGCUAAGCCAGACGGUUACAGAGGUAGGGCCUGGUCCACCCCAGCACAUUUCAUGUAUUCAGAGCAGACACAUGCCUACUUCUCGAAAGAAACAUGCAAUAGAGCAAAAAAUAGAUGCUCGAGAAAAUCAGCAGGAAUAUCCUGACUUCUAUGACUUCUCUAAUGCUGCAUGCAGACCUUCCACUCCAGCACCAACCAGGCACAGUCCUUUGCCUUCACAAGGCAUAUAUUAUGGCCCAGAUUUGUAUAGCCACAAUAAGGCAUCACCGAGUGGCUUAAAGCCAGCUUAUCUACCUUCCCAGAUAUCUCCUAAAAAGCAAGAGGAUUCUAGGAGGGAAUACCUGAUCUCCCAGGAUGGACAUCAACACAGACAAAAGAAUGAGCCAAUACACCUCGAUGUCUUAGAACAACCUCCCCAGCGACUGGACUUGGCGUUGGCUACCCAGGAAAAUGCUGGUAAUGGCCCAGUUCACAUCAGGGGAAGAACAAAAAUGGAAACUGACUUAACCUAUGGGCUAACCUCCAACAGACCUUCUCACUCUGCAUACACCUCUGAAAUGCAAGAAGAGAGAGCCAGUAGGAGAAUGGCAGAUGAUGAGCCUCUGGAACAUGGAACACAGAGAAGUGCGGAUUUGGAAAGGGAAGAUGCAGUGAGCAGAGGAAGGAGGUCUCCAAACAAACCAGACUUCUUGUAUAAAAAAUCUGCCCUAUGAAAGCAACCUCCACUAUUUCUCUGUGCCUAAGAGUUGUAAUCUUCCCAUUCUUUGCAACUUUUGGCCUGACUUCUGUCAGACAAAUUCAUUCAUGCCAGCAGAUAAAUUCACUUUCAUCCUUUUAUUUUGUACAUACAUUGCUUUACUACAGAUGGCAUGCUAUCAGAUUUAAUGCUGCUUCGGGUUUUAUUUUGUGGGAAACCAUUUUUUUCUUAGCAAAUUUAAUUAAGCCUUUAAAAGAAAAAAACUGGUACCUUUUUCUACAACCUGGUAGCCUUUUGCACCUGUACAUCUAUUUUAGUGUAUUAGUUUUGUACUAAUCUGUUAAACUUUAUUGUCACAUUUAAAGGACUGUAUUUUCAUACUUUUUGCAUUUUCCCUUUCACCUGCCACUUCCCUAUGUGCACUGAGCUGCACAUUAUGAAAUGUAUUUUCUUAUGAGAUAGCAACAAUGUGUUUAUUUUUAAUUAUAGGAAUUCCAAAGAACAGCACAUCAAAACACUACAUUUUUAGUUAAAUUUUUUUGUUUAGAUCUGAAAUCUU